UCCCUCCCCGCGCUCGGUGCGCGAUCGCCGCAGCCCGGCCAGCAGAGCCCGUCUUUAACUCGGGAAAGCAGGGCCGAAGGGUCGACAGCAGGCGGGGCAGCCAUGGAGGCAGCGGCGCGGAGGCGGCAGCACCCGGGAGCGGCGGGCGGCCGGGGCGCGCAGCCGGGCGCCUCCUUCCCGCAGGCCAGGCACAGCUCCAUCAAUGCUGAUGAGGCUGCCAGCACAGCUCCCUUUCACCUUGACCUGUGGUUCUACUUCACUGUGCAGAACUGGGUUCUGGACUUUGGCCGCCCCAUUGCCAUGCUGGUAUUCCCUCUCGAAUGGUUUCCACUCAACAAGCCCAGCAUGGGAGACUACUUCCACAUGGCCUACAACCUCAUCACGCCCUUUCUCCUUCUCAAGCUCGUGGAGCGGUGCCCCCGCGCCCCGCCCCGCCCCUUGAUCUACGUCAGCGUCACCACCCUGGUCAUGGGCGCCAGCAUCCACCUGGUGGGCGACUCCGUGAACCACCGCCUGCUCCUCAGCGGCUACCAGCACCACCUGUCCGUCCGUGAGAAUCCCAUCAUCAGGAACCUCAGGCCGGAGACCCUGAUCGACUCCUUCGAGCUGCUGUACUACUACGAUGAGUACCUGGGCCACUCCAUGUGGUACGUCCCCUUCUUCCUCAUCCUCUUCAUGUACUUCAGCGGCUGUUUCACUCCCACGAAAGCUGAGAGCUCAAUGCCAGGGGCAGCCCUGCUCCUGGUGGUGCCCAGUGGCCUGUACUACUGGUACCUGGUCACUGAGGGCCAGAUCUUCAUCCUCUUCAUCUUCACCUUCUUCGCCAUGCUAGCCCUCGUCCUGCACCAGAAGCGCAAGCGCCUCUUCCUGGACAGCAACGGCCUCUUCCUCUUCUACUCCUUUGCCCUCACCCUCCUGCUGGUGGCACUCUGGGUCACCUGGCUGUGGAACGACCCUGUACUUAGGAAGAAGUACCCAGGUGUCAUCUACGUCCCUGAGCCCUGGGCCUUCUACAGCCUCCACAUCGGCAGCCAGCAGCAGCACUGAGUCCCUAGCACCGGCCGCUGGCGCUCCGCCUGACGGGAGAUGGGCCAUAGAGGGCAUCUGAGCACGGAGAAGUGUGUGUGCACCCAGUACCUGCGGACGUGUGUGUGUGUGUGUAUGUAUGUGUGUGUGUGUGAUCGUUUCGGUCAAGUUUCCUGCGGACAUGGGUGUGUGUGUGCACGUGUGUGUGCAUGUGUGUAUAUGUGUGUGCAUGUGCACAUACGCACAGAGCACAUCAUCCUAAGACUUGAUCGUUUUGGUCAAGUUUCCUGCGGACAUGGGUGUGUGUGUGCAUGUGUGUAUGUGUGUGUGUGUGUGUGUGCGUGUGUGUGCAUGUGCACAUACGCACAGAGCACAUCAUCCUAAGACCUGAUUGUUUUGGUCAAGUUUCUAUUUGAUUUGGAUCCUUCCAGGAUGGGAUUUCGUGUAGCAGAAUUUCCAGGCCAGAUCUGGGCCCUGCCUUGGUGUCACCUCACUGGACUCUGGGCCCUCUCACUGUCACUGCUCAGGGCUGGUCUCUUCUUCCCAGGGUGUCUUUGGGUGGCCCUGCAGGAGAGGCCUGGGUAGGGCAGAGGACCUGGCUUGUCACCCACUGCCUGGCUCACCCCUCAGACCCACUCUGGCCCUGGUCAGAUUACAAAGGUUAAUAACUUAACUUCACAGGUAUCGUUGAGCAAAACACCCCCUUCCCUGGGCCGCCUUUGCUCUAGAUGGGCACAGUGGUCCCAGAGAGCGUCAGUGGGCCAUUUGCAGUCUCCUCGUGGGCAGCCCUGGAUGGACUACAGCUCUGUCCUGUCUCUGCCCUCUCCUACCCUGGGAGAGGGAUGUGCACCCCAGACCCUCACGUGGACCUCAGGCCGCACAGGGUGUUGAGCCACUCUGACCCUGGGGAGCCAGGGGCCAGCCCACUCCCCUAACCACCAGCCUGAUCUUGGGGUCCCUCCAACCAUCUUCCUCUGCCAGAGCUUCCCCUUCCCCCUCCUCCAGGAGAAUGGUGGAACCCCCUUUGUGUCAACCUGACCAAAGGUCUUUGAGCUGCCACUAAAGGAGAGCUCUCCAACGCUUAGCCUUCUCCCCUGAGCCCUGUGAUAUGGGCCGGGGUUGUCUUGAGGCUCUCUCCCAUCGGCCUCUUCUCAGCGUGAACCACAUGCCUUCUGCCAGUGGCCUCGUUCCCAGAAAAGGGAGGCCUCACCCCCAGCAGGACCUGUCCCCCACCUGGUCCCAGACCUUGGGGCCAGGUCUCCUCCCACAGCUGCAGGCACCACAGCCUUCUUCCAGCACUAGCCCUCACAUUCUCCAGGGCCCCAGGGGGCCCACUUUGCCUUCCCCAGGCCCUGCCUCUUCUCCUGUGUUCUCAGGGAACCCCAUACCUCAUGUUGGGGUUCCUCUACAGCCCCCAUAGGGGUCCCCCAGGGACCAGUCAGUCCCUGUCUGCUGGCAACUUCCAGUGGUCAGAGGUAUGAGUAAAGGCCAGUGCGGAGCCAGGGCUGGCUGGUGGCUGCUGCUCUGGGUAUGCGUUUAGGCAGCAGGAGGGCAUGCCCUGGAAUGAGGGAGUGACUGGUCUCCCUGGCAGACCCCAGAGACCCACUGAGCCCGCAUCUGGUGCUGCCAUUGCCCACUGGCCCUCCGUGCUGUGUAGGAUCCUGGGGGUGGGGCCCCCAGACAGGCUGUGCCACCAGCCCAUUCCAGAGGCGGAAGCAGGGAGAGGAAUGGUGGCCUUUCGGGGAAGCUGGGGAAGCUGGGGAGUGGCACUUAGCCUUGGGAAGGUCACCUGAUGCCUCAGCGUCUCAGCCUCAGCACCCAGCCAUCAGGGACCUCCUGGGGCUCCUGUAUCAGACCACGCAGAGGAAGGGCCACAUGGUAUGAGGUGCACCGAGUCGGCUCGGCCCCCACCUGCCCAGCAGCCUCCUGAGGACCCUGCUCCUUCAAACCCUGUCCUGGGCCUGUUCUGCACAGAAGGACUUAAUGUGUCGCUUAUGAGCAGGCACAAGCCUGGUUGUGUGGGGACUGAAGCUUAUACAAUUUGGAGGGAUGCUUGAUAAGAAAACAGGAGAAAAAAAAGUGAAUAAAACAUUCUGUAUGAAA